AUGCUUAACUGCAAGCCCGCCGCUACGCCUAUUGAUACAAAGGCCAAGCUCUCUGCCACGGAUGGUUCUCCCGCUUCGGAUGCUGCAUUCUACCGGUCUAUCAUUGGUGCUCUCCAGUACCUCACUCUGACUCGACCGGAGAUCCAGUAUGCCGUGCAGCAGGUGUGUCCUCAUAUGCAUGCUCCUCGGGACGUUCACUGGGCUGUUGUCAAGCGGAUACUCCGCUAUGUCUGUGGCAGUAUGGAUCUUGGCGCCACGCUCCACGCCUCCGCCCUCACCGCCUACUCCGAUGCAGACUGGGCGGGCUGUCCUGACACUCGUCGCUCAUCCUCGGGCUAUUGUGUCUUCCUUGGACCCUCACUUAUCUCGUGGUCGUCCAAGCGGCAGCCUACGGUCUCUUGUUCCAGUGCUGAGGCUGAGUAUCGAGCGGUGGCCAACGUCGUCGCCGAGUGUUCGUAG